AUGCAUAAUACGUCAUGGUCUAAAACGUUGAGAGCUUACGUUAAAAAGAAACAUGUGCUGCAGGAUCACGAAAAAAGUGUGAACCAUUUACAAUCUGCAGAUGAAGAGUUAGAAAUCUUUACCAAACUGUACAAGGAUUGGAAGGGCCUAGACGAUUAUCAUAAAAAUGAGCCAACUUUGUAUGCAAAGCUUCCAUCGGAGGAAGAACCUUUGCUGCUCAAAUUACGAGAGGAGUCAAGAGCUUUAUUUCUUCAAAGAAGAAGCAGAGAACUUCUGGACAAUGAUGAACUACAGAAACUGUGGUUUCUUUUGGACACACAUCACACACCUCCACUUCAUGGAGACGAACAGAUGAUAAAUUACGAAGAUUUUCUGAAAGUUCAAAAAGAGGCAGGGUACAAGUGCAAACCAUUUUUCCAAGCAUCAGUUUUCUGUAAGCUACUUCAGAAUGAUCCAUUUGGGCGUAUAUCCAUCAUGCAGUUCUUCAAUUAUGUCAUGCGGAAAGUGUGGUUGCAUCAAACACGCAUCGGUUUAUCUCUCUAUGAUGUAGCUGGACAAGGAUAUUUGAAAGAAUCAGAUCUUGAGAAUUAUAUCUUGGAAUUGAUACCCACAUUGCCACAGUUAAAUGGAUUAGAGCGAACAUUUUAUUCAUUCUAUGUGUGCACAGCGGUGCGCAAGUUUUUCUUCUUCCUUGAUCCUUUGAGGAGUGGCAGAAUUCGCAUUCAGGACAUCCUAGCCUGCAGCUUUUUAGAUGACUUACUAGAGUUAAGAGAUGAAGACCUGUCUAAAGAAAUGCAAGAGUCCAACUGGUUCUCUGCACCAUCAGCUCUCAGAGUGUAUGGGCAGUACCUGAACCUUGAUAAAGAUAGAAAUGGCAUGCUAAGUAAAGAAGAGCUAGCAAGAUAUGGGACAGGAACACUAACUAGUGUGUUCCUAGACAGAGUUUUUCAAGAGUGCCUCACAUACGAGGGAGAGAUGGACUACAAAACUUAUCUGGACUUCGUGCUGGCUAUGGAAAACCGCAGAGAGCCCCAAGCUCUGAGAUAUUUGUUUAGAGUCUUUGAUGUUCAGCAUCAAGGCUUCCUUAAUGUUUUUUCACUCAACUACUUCUUCCGGGCUAUUCAAGAACAGAUGAAAAUUCAUGGACAAGAGCCAAUCAAGUUUCAAGAUGUCCAGGAUGAAAUAUUUGAUAUGGUGAAACCAAAGAACCCGCUUCAGAUAACACUCCGAGACCUUAUUGACUGUGGUAAAGGUGAUACAGUUGUCAGCAUCCUGAUCGACUUAAAUGACUUCUGGACAUAUGAAAAUCGAGAGUACCUAGUGCCUGACUUAUCUGAUGAAGUAUGA